GAAGGUGAACCAAUGAGCGUGUGCUGGUUUGGGAGAGUGACGUCACAACAAAGUAUUAAUACUCAACCUCAGCACCCCUCCCAACACAAAUUGUUUUCAGCGAUCACGUCUGACGAUCUACGGGAAUUACCACAGAACAGCACACUUCCUAAAGCAAGUACACCAUGGCCCGUACCAAACAGACUGCCCGUAAAUCUACUGGAGGAAAGGCGCCAAGGAAGCAGCUCGCUACCAAGGCGGCUAGGAAGAGCGCCCCGUCCACGGGGGGAGUGAAGAAGCCCCAUCGUUACAGGCCUGGAACUGUGGCUCUGAGAGAGAUCCGUCGUUACCAGAAGUCCACGGAGUUGCUCAUUCGCAAGCUGCCUUUCCAGCGCCUGGUGAGAGAAAUUGCCCAGGAUUUCAAGACCGAUCUGCGCUUCCAGAGUGCUGCCAUUGGCGCCCUCCAGGAAGCCAGUGAGGCUUACCUGGUGGGUCUGUUUGAGGACACCAACCUGUGCGCCAUCCACGCCAAACGCGUCACCAUCAUGCCCAAAGACAUCCAGCUGGCUCGUAGGAUAAGGGGAGAGAGGGCCUAAGCAGCUAGUGACAGCGUUGUCGAUACAGAUUCUUAUUUAUCAUACUUAACCAUUUUGUGGACAUUUUUAUUUCUUGGGUUUUUAAAAUAAGUUUUCUUUUUUUAAUUUUGUAUUGUAUUUUAGACUGGGACAAUUCAAUCAUUCCAUAAGCCUGAGUACAUGUAGGGUAGUUGGAAAUGUUGUGCAGUAUCUGCCUAUUCCACCACGGGCCAUUAUUGUGUGUUCUAGUCAUCAUGCCACCCUUCAAGAUCUCAUGGGUAUCAGACUCCUGUGGUUGGAGUUUCUUGACACGAAGAUGAAUCCUUCACAUUUUCCGUGGGGUCCAAGGUUUCUUCACCCAUCUACCAUUUACCACAAAAUGCCAGCAUGUCUUGCUUGACAGGUCUCACUGCAGUGUCUGGGUGUGGGCUACUACAGUUAAUACUCGACACUCAGUGUCCAGGAGCAUGGCAGACCCCUCCUGUAUUUUUCUGGACUGCUUUUUACAUGUUUUUCAACAUAAAUCUUGGCAGCUACAUUUAAUACUAUUUAUGAAAAUGUUGUCACAUGUCUUUCUAUUAAAGGUCUUUAUGAGUAGAGAAA